AUGAUGUUCCAAGCUGGCUAUUGUGACGAAUAUAACAGUUUGAGCGAUAUAAUAGCUCUAGUGAUGCUGACGCGACAUCAUUUCAAUUAUCCGGAGGAAGACGGGGACCAUCACAGGAACGAGUUCUUUGUAUCGCGAGGGAUAGACAUUCAUCCAGUCGCUGUAUUACAAAUGCUCUUGGGUCAAGAUCGCCUGAGACGUGCUCGGGAGGAGGAGGAGAAGGAGGAGGUGGGGGAAAGAGCAAGACAGAGGCGACGGCUGGAUUACGAAAAUGACGUGGAGGUGAUUGACGUGGAAGAGGAGGUGGAGGUGAUUGACCUGGAAGAGGAGGCGGAGGAGCAGAUCGCCGAUGAGGAGCAGAUCGACGACGAAGAACGAUGGAUCCGCGGUCUCGAAGAAGAAGUGGAAAACCUGGAUUGGGUGGAUGAAAUAUUUCACCCAGCAGAGGAUGACGAAGACAGCGGCUUCGAAAACGAAGACCCAAAAGACCUUAUUGAGGAACGAUGGAUCCGCGGUCUCGAAGAAGAAGUAGAAAACCUGGAUUGGGUGGAUGAAAUAUUUCACCCAGCAGAGGAUGACGAGGACAGCGGCUUCGAAAACG